AUGUGUUUCAGUGUCUUGUCAAAAAUUUUUCGACGUCAGACUGCCACACAAUUAAAUAAUAACUGUCGUUCUUUAUCAGAUAAAAGUAAUAAUAUGACUGCUAAACCAAAUCCCGUUAUUAUUCCCCCAGAAGGUGAACAUACAUCUACAUUAAUAUUUUUACAUGGACUUGGUGACCAAGGUUAUGGAUGGGCUGAUUCUUUUCAACCACCUAUGAAACCUAAAGGAACUAAAGUGAUUUGUCCUCAUGCUGCUGAAAGACCAGUAACACUAAAUAUGGGAAUGGUAAUGCCGGCUUGGUUUGACUUAAAAGGUCUUUCUCCAACUGAUCCAGAAGAUGAGGCUGGAAUUAGUACUGCAACAAAGUAUGUUCAUAAUCUUAUAGAACAAGAAAUUAAUAGUGGAAUUCCAUCAAAACAAAUUAUUGUUGGAGGUUUCUCUAUGGGUGGUGCUCUAGCUAUUUAUGCCGGUUUGACAUAUGACAAACCUCUUGGAGGUAUAAUCGGUUUAUCAACAUUUUUAUGUCAAAGAAACCAAUAUCAAAGUAAAGUAACAGCCAACAAUAAUGUUCCAAUAUUCUUAGGGCAUGGAACUGCAGAUUUUUUACUACCUUUUGCUAUAGGUAAAAUGACUGCUGAAAAAUUGAAAUCUUCUAAUCCUAAUGUUGAAUUCAAGUCAUAUGAAGGAAUGCAGCAUUCUUCAUGUCAACAAGAAAUGGUAGAUGUUCAAGCCUUUAUUAAAAAAGUUUUACCAUAA